AUGAUAAGCAGCGAGUCAAGUGACGAGGAGCUCUUUCAACCUGCUGCUAACGUCGCCACUGCAGCUGCAGCUCGAAAGCCAAAGCGCGUGCAGCCGAAACCUCUUGUAUCUGCUCCCGCACUUCCACCCUCGAGUGAUGAGGUGACCAGCCAGAAACGUCGCGCAGAAACAGCCGUCGAGUCCGUCUCAACUGAUCCCGAAAUGGCUCAGAGACUGAAACGAGAAGCCCGAAAGAAGCGCAAAGUCGAGGAAAAAGAGGCCCGAGCAGCAGAGAAGCAGCAGCAGCAGAAGGACCAAUUGGACACUGAACGGGCGGUGAAAGGGCGCGCUUUCACGCUGAGUCUGGCCAUCCCCGGGUCCAUCCUGGACAAUGCCCAGACCAAAGAGCUCAAGACGUACGUGGCUGGCCAAGUCGCUCGAGCUGCGGUGAUCUUUCAAGUGGACGAGAUCGUCGUGUUUGAUGACCAAUUGGGCACGAAAGGGAGGACCACGGGCGUGCCCGUGCCUCGCUCGCACGACUGUCACGUGUUUAUGGCUCGGAUCUUGCAGUACUUGGAGACGCCGCAGUACUUGCGUCGUGCGUUGUUUCCCAUGCACUCGGAUUUGAGCUGUGCAGGACUGUUGAACCCAUUGGAUUGCCCGCAUCACUUGCGGGCGCAAGAGUGGAGCGUCUAUCGCGAAGGGGUGGUGACAGAUCGACCGCUGAAGGAGAAGGAAGGCUCGCAUGUUUAUGUUGGACUACAGCGCGAAGUGGUGGUCGAUAAACGCGUGAAGCCUGGCAUUCGAGUCACGGUGAAGAUUGAUGAAGCGUCCAAGGAGUUUAAGAAAAAAAUGACGGGCAGACUGGUGUCGUCUGCUGAACCACGCGAGCAGCUUGGGGUGUACUGGGGCUACACGACUCGCUUUGCGUCUUCAUUGAGUAAUGUAUGGACCGACUGCCCGUUCCCUGGAGGCUACGAUCUGAAAGUCGGCACAUCCGAACGUGGAAAUGUCUCGGUCGAUGACGCCGACUUUGCACUGCCAAAGUUCCGUCAUGCACUCAUCGUUUUUGGCGGUGUGGCUGGUAUCGAAGAGUGCGUGGACGCUGAUGAGAAGAUUCCUUUGACGGGUGCGGACUCGAGCACUCUUUUUGACAUGUGGGUCAACACGUGUCCUGAUCAAGGCAGUCGAACGAUUCGUUUAGAGGAGGCGCUGCUGGUCUCCCUUGCAGCUUUCCGACCACAUGUUGCUCGUGGUGGGCGAGCGUGA